CAUCUGUACAGCAACUCAGUAGGUGGUCUCAUCACAGACCACUGGUAACAAGACGCAAACUAAUUCAAAAUGAAGGCGGUUAUACUUCUGCCACUAUUUGUGGUGCUGUGCUGUGGUGGUCUCCUGAAGAAGGACGACAACGAAAAGAAACAGGAGUGGUGGGAGACGACCAUAUUCUACCAGAUAUACCCUCGGUCCUUCGUGGACAGCAAUGGGGAUGGAAUUGGUGACCUGAAUGGAAUCUCUUCAAAAUUGGAGUACAUCAAGGAAUUGGGUGUGGGGGCCAUUUGGCUGUCUCCCAUGUUCCAGUCGCCGAUGUAUGACUUUGGAUAUGACAUUGCGGACUUCUACGCCGUGCAUGAUGAGUACGGGACUAUGGAGGACUUCGAAGCGUUGGUGCAGAAGGCCAAUUCUCUCGACAUCAAAGUGGUCCUGGAUCUGGUACCCAACCACACUUCGAACGAAAGCGUUUGGUUCCAAGAAGCACUGGCUGGCAACAAGAAAUACCAAGACUACUUUAUUUGGGAAGACGGAGUCGUGGACGAGAAUGGGAUAAGACACCCGCCUAACAACUGGAGAAGCCACUUCCGUGGAAGCGCGUGGGAGUACAGAAAAGAGGUUGGCAAAUAUUACCUGCACCAAUUUGUCAUUGGACAGCCUGAUCUUAACUACAGAAACCCUGAUGUCGUAGAAGAAAUGAAGAACAUCAUCCGCUUCUGGCUCAACAAAGGCGUGGCCGGCUUCAGAGUAGACGCUGUCAACUGCUUAUACGAAGUAGACAAAGAACUCUUUGGGGGCGUCUACCCUGACGAACCUCUCUCAGGCAGAACCGACGUCGACCCCGAAUCGCACGACUAUCUCUCUCACAUCUACACAAAAGACAGAGAAGAAACCUACUACAUGGUUUACGAAUGGAGAGACGUUCUCGACGAAAUUGCUGCUAAAGAUGGUCUACCCAGAGUCAUGAUGACUGAAGUGUAUGCUACUAUACAAGAUGUAGUGAGGUAUUUCGGUGAGGGAGACAGAAAAGGAGCACAGAUGCCGUUUAACUUUGAUCUUAUCACCGAUGUUGACGCUAAAUCUUCAGCGGCUGAUAUCAAGAGGGCUGUAGAUAAGUUUAUCACCUACAAGCCGGUUGAUAAGCAGCCCAACUGGGUGGUUGGAAACCAUGAUAACAGCAGGAUGGCAACUAGAUACGGCCCGUCUCUGGUGGAUGGGAUCAACAUGAUCGUCCUACUUCUGCCAGGAGUGGGAGUCACUUACAUGGGAGAAGAACUGGGAAUGGUCGACGGCUACGUCAGCUGGGAAGACACCGUGGACCCUUCUGGAUGUAACACCAACGACCCCAUCAACUACGCCUCCUCAUCCAGGGACCCGGAGAGAACCCCCUUCCAGUGGAAUGCCGGCAAAAAUGCUGGGUUCUCAACUGGCGACAAGACCUGGCUACCAGUUGCCGAUGGCUUCGAGACUUUGAACGUGGAGGUGGAGAACGCAACCGACCGGUCUCACCUGAAGGUCUNGAAAGUUUACCAGGCGUUGGCAGCUCUUCGCCAGAACAGCGUCUUCAGGCAAGGAAGAUACGACUCGCUGGCUUUGAACCAAGAUGUGUUCGCUUUUAGGAGAUGGGACAAGAAGAAUGUUUACCUAGUGGUAGUGAACAUGAGGGCAGCCGAGCAUGUGGUGGACCUGACCUACUUCGAAAACGUCAACGGCAACGUCAAGGUCGUGCUGAGAAGUAUCCAGUCUCCAAAGGAAGAAGGAGCCAAAUUCCCUGCUUCAGCACUGCCAGUUGCUGGUUAUGAAGGAAUCGUACUGAAACUGAAUUAGAUCAAUGUAUUUUUAUUUAUUUAUUUAAAUGCAAUAAACAUAAAAAUCCUAAA